AUGAGCAGCCUCAUGCCCAACCUCAAGGUGGUAGAUGCGAGCUCCUCUCUACCUCACCCCAAGGUGACCUUUUCCUUCACCGUCGACAACAAACAUACCAACGGCUUCGGCAACUUACAUGGGGGAUGCUCAGCCUCGCUACUUGAUUUCUGCACCUCCAUGGCCCUCGUGCUCGUCAGCAAGCCCGGCUUCUGGCAGACCAUGGGCGUCAGCCGUACCCUCAACACCACGUACAUGCGCCCCGUUCCCGCCGGCAUGGAGGUGCUUAUGGAGUGCGAGAUCCUGCAAGUUGGAAAGAGGUUGUGUGCUUUACGAGGGACAAUGAGGAGGAAAAGUGACGGCGAGCUCCUUUGUAUUUGUGAGCACAACAAGGCGAAUGUUGACCCGGAGCCUUCCAAAUUGUGA